UUAAAAAUUCAAAAUUAAGUCAAAAAAACAUUUUUGGGAAAAUAUUAAAUAUUUUCAUGCUUCAAAUUACAGUGGCAACACUUUAUAUACUCAUGAAUUGACGCCACUUUAAAAUCGUGAAUGUCGCUUGUCGUGCCGUCGCAGCCAAAAUGUGCAAGGCUUAAAUGUUGAAUGCCUUAAAAACACAAAGCAAAGCAGCACAAAUAUACAUAUGUACAUUUGCUAUUAUGUGAAAUGAGGAAAUCCCGUUGGAAAAUACGUUGCGCAGCAUAGAGACUCAAAUUGUUGACACUUAAACUACGGUUCAUACCUAAUCCUUAGCAAGUACCAUUUAACUUAAUGGUGGGAUUUCCCCACCAAGUAUACAUUUCGCCACAUGGCCACUAUAUAUUAAGCCGAAAGGCAUAGUUUUUUAUUCAGUAACUGCCGUAAUUGCAAGAGUGAAAGCAAAAAAUUUUCAAGCCGCAGCAUUUUAAAAUUAAAACCGCAAAUGUACAAAAUAUCCAUGGCGAAUAAAUAUUUAAUUACGCUAAUCAUGCUCGCAUUCACGUUACUUAUUCAGCCAAUUGUUGGCAGACCACAACCCACAUCAGAAGCAAAUGCUACAUACGAUGCACUCAGUACAUUGGAUAGCAUAUUCAAAGUCGGUCCCGGCAUGAUGGUAUUCCAUACCGAUAAUGAGAUCAUACAGGAGGAAAAUAAUGAUGACAGUGAAUUUAUUUGCGCUGAACGUCUAGCGGGCCAAUCGUACUGCACUGAAGUACCGAAUUAUUUGGAAACCACACAACUGGAUAAAAUUGAUCCAGCGCAAUUCGAGCAAUUCAGCUCGUUCUUCAAAGACGAUUUCUUAGCACCAGUCGAUUUGGCGAAUCGCAUGAACGAAGAAGGUGAAGAGAAUCUAUGCAAUAGUAAAUCGCGUAUUAUUUAUCCCAAAAGCGUUGAAACAAAAGAGGCUAGAUGGGUGCUGGUCGUGCAGCAUGCGCAGCACAAACAGGGUGUUCUGGUUGAGCAGUGCGAAAAUGAAGGACGUACUUGUAAAUAUGAACAUUUCUUGCCAAUGGGCAUCAGCUCCAAGUGUAAGCAGCAUUAUUCCUAUCGUACGUUGAUUGUGCUGACGAAUGGUGUGUUCAGGGAGCGCAUGGUGAAAUUGCCAAAUUAUUGUGAAUGCGUUUUGAGAUAUAAUUUUGGCAGGAAUAUGUAAACAUUGUUAUUUAAAGUUGAGAGUUAUUUUUGGAAAUAAAUUUUUUAUGAGAUAAUAAAAA